CGUCUCCAUGGCAACAACACUACACAAACAUUCACAGCGGAGCACAGGAGCUUGCUACCGUUACCGUUAGCCAAACUGUAAAAAUCCUAGAGUAAUUACCGUGCACCUUUUUCUCCUUAUGGUAGUAUUUUAGCCAGUAAAAGUAGCAGUGAUGCCGAAGAAGAAAGUAAAGAGUAGUAAAGUAAAGAGGGCGAAAGCCGGGAAAGGCAAGAAAGAAGGCAAACAAGAGUCAAAAGUGGACAAAGAGUCGGACAUCGAGAAAGCCAAGGCCAACGCUGCCCUCUGGGAGCUGAGGGUACAGGUCACCGACCAGUCGCUCGUGCACUAUCGUGAGGCUUGCCGCAAGUUGGCACGCGCAAACGAGGAGCUCACCAACCAACUGUACCGCGCGGAGAAGGACACUAUCGAUAUAACUGGCUUUCUGAAGAGACAAGAUGCGGCUAAAGAGGAAAAGAUCAAUAUGCUGAAGGAAAGUAUCAAAAGCCAAGACGCACUUGCACGUGAAGAGCAAAAGAAACUGGUUGAAGGUUACACAGUUCAAAUUAAUGAGAUGCAGGAACUGUUCAGAAAGAAGUCCAGUGACUUUAACAUGAUCCAGGAUGAAAUGAAGAAAAUUAAGGAGUUUCACAAGAGGAAAGCCCAGAUGGAGCAGGAGCUCAGUGAUAUUAGAGAAAACAUGGAUGUUGCUGACAAGGAGCACAGGGAAAACCUAAACAAAAUGGAGCACAGAUUCUUCAAAGAAAAGGCUCGCCUGGAGAGGGAAGCCGAGCGAACGAUAGCCCUGGUAGUGGAGAGGGCCCACAAUGAAGCCAUUGUGCAGUUGGACGAUGCCUCACGCUCUGUGUUCAAGGAGAACGUCCGUCUCAAUGAAGCGCUGAAAUAUCACAUAAAGGAGGCAGAGGACCUGCAGAAAUUGAUAAAUUCAUUGGCUAAGGAAAACAGCUCCCUGGCACUGGACAAGAACACAUUUGAGUUGAUAGUAAAGAAAAAUGCAGCUCAAAUGGAAGCCCAAAAAGAGGAGCUCUCCAAACUGAGGGCCAAGGUAGCUUCUCUGGAGCAGGCCCGAGAACUAAAAGCUGGGGAACCUGAGCGAGAGAGGAAGGAGAAGGAGAGGACCCUGGUCAGCAUCCAGGCCAGCCAGGUAGAGUUGGAGAAGCUGCAGAAAGUGCUUGCCAUGCGGGAGAGGGAAUUGGGGCACAUCAAGCGGCUAGCGAGCACCAUUGUAGAGCAGCGCUCAGAGCUGGAGCAGUUCUUCCAUGAGGCACUGGCUCAGGUGAAGCAGGAGAUCAUGGUCAGCAGGCUGCAAUACAAAAAGGAAGCACUACAGGCUUAUCAUUGGAGGCUGAGGGAAGCCACAGCAGGAAAGCUAAAGUUCCCACCCAUCCGCACCUUUCAUAAAAGCCCCCACAGUACCAACUCUGUCCAUUCAGACAUGGAGGCAGCUGCAAGGUGGACUCAUCAUCCAGGCAGCAAAGUUGAAAUCUCAGAUCUCACUUGGGAGCAGAAGGAACAAGUGCUCAGGCUUCUCUUUGCUAAAAUGAACGGACAGAGGGAAAGGAAAGCCAGCCAUCAUCUGGCUUUGUCUGCCUCCUCUGAGAAGAAACGCCUUAUCGACAGCGAUGCUGCCGGAAUUAGAGAGGAGCUCUCCCCGGCGACUUUCAUCACCCAGGCGCCUGAGCCCGCUCUGCCCUCGAACCCAAACAGCCUACCGGAUAUACACACCACGUGACCUCUGUGUGUCCUCUACAUGGCACAUCACACUCUGGAUUGUUUGCCUCUGCUUUGUACUCUUCCCACAGAGUGUCAAUCAUGUGUAUAGUAGAAUACAAGAUGUUUGUUUGUGCUCAUUAUAAAUAUCUUACCGUGCAUGUAUAUAUGGCUUGUGAGUAUUCUCUUUCAUACAUGAAGCUUGUUUGAAUUCUGUCACAACCCAUUUAAAAGGAUCUUUUCCCUGAAGACAAAACUAUUUCAUGACCACAAAGUGCUGUUAUCAACUUGUGCACCAGAUAAAAUACAAGAUCUCUAAACAAAUCACUGGAUGGUGGGUCAGUGGGAUACAAUGCAGUGUGUCAAUGGCAACUUUCUUUCAUGGGUAUUAUACACACUACGCUAUAUGUACACGAGAGUUUCAAUACUUGUGUAUGUGAGGAAAUGACAUUGAUCCAGUAACAUUGGCUCAGCUGUACAGAUCUUUUGCAUUGUUAAAAUCUUGGGCACAGUGGUUUACAUUUACACAGUAUCUAUACAUACACAUCUAAUAUAAAGUCUUUAAAAGAGUGAUUUAAUGACUUGCAUUAUGAACUGUUCCCAUUGAACAAGUCUGUGUUGUGCGUGGAAGAAGGGUGAACAGCAGCACUUGGAUGGAGUACUUAGCGUCCCAUUGUAGGCAUGGUAACUGUAGGACUUUUCAAGGUGGCAUCUUCAGCUUUCCAUUGCGAGGUUACAGUUUUGAUCUGUGUGUAGAACUGGAUGCCCUGGAGAGAAAAAUAAAAACCAUUUACAUCAAAACUUAA